AUGUCCUCGAGCUUACCCCCUCCAAGGCGCUCAGCCCGUCUUCGCUCGGCCGGCGUUAUCGUCCCCCGCGACCUCGUCGAGGGGGACACCGUUCCCUGUAUCCUCGCCGUUACCACGAGACGACCCCCCGGCGGCCCACAAGACGCCGACGAUCCCCACCCAACAUCCUUUGUUGUCAGACAUACCACUCCCAUCCCGGAAGAGCCACUUCCGAACAAAGUUCCCGCGUCGCCGUUCAUGCCAACCGCCGCGACCGACGCACUUGCGAAGAGUGGCGACAGCUCGCCACUCAAGUCCGUAUCGUGGAGCUCGCAGACUGUGGCGCAGUUCGACGACAGAUGUGUUCAAGUUGCUCUCAAAGAAAUGAAGACGUUGAUUGGCGGAAGGGAAGUGCAGGGCAGGGCCAAACGGAGACUCAAGAGCUUCCGUGGCGUCGAUGUCGAAAACUUGCCGGACAAUUCAGAGUCAUCGAAGUAUAGUCCAGUGGUCAGCCGCACAUGUUAUAUUCCGGAGUGGCUCAGUCUCACCAGUGUGUACUACUCCCUGCAGUGCGAAAUCUUCAAUGCUGUAGAAGAAAUUGCGAACUCCAACUACCGAUGGAAAAUAGUGGCGAAUCACGGAGAAAGCAAUGAAGUUGACCACAGACCUGACCUUGCGCGAUAUGUCAUAAACAUUAACGCGGCUAAGGCAGCAUACGGUCGGAAAGUACGGAGGCCUGACGAUUCGAACAUUGCGCGCUGCGCGUGGGCAUGGAUGAGCAGUUUCGUCGAAAUCAAGAACGAGGCUGAGGCUUCUGGGUUCCAUUUCAGCGACACGAGAGAUGAGAAUGGGGAACUACUCUUCCUGCGAGACUCGGAAGACGGGAAGAUUGCACGGGCGCAGUUCAUCAAGUACGCGACGGAGGCCAUGCUGCGCCAACACCGGACGCACUACUACUCCAUCUACAUCGCCGGCAUGUCUGCCCGAGUUUUUCGCUGGGACAGAGUAGGCUGCUUGGUCACGGAGCCCAUUGAUCUUCGGCAUGAUUACAACGCCUUCCUUGAUCUCCUUCAUUGUCUCGCGACUGCGAACGACGACUACGGGGCUGACCAGACUGUCGAACGGGCCACAGAAGCGGACAUCUUGCCUGUCAGGCUCUACGAGUCUGACAACGUCGACUUGGAAGAGUACCGUGACAUGAUGCUGGACGAUCCAGAGGUAUACCCCAUCUACAAGGUAAAAUGCCCUGCGGUCUCCGUCGACGGCACCGACAUAGAGGGCACCGAAAAGACGUAUCUCGUUGGGCGAUACGCGUUCGGUCACUACUCCAUCUUCGGCCGUUGUACGAGGGGAUACGCAGCGUUCAACCUUGAGGAUAAGCGCUUCGUAUGGUUCAAAGACCAAUGGCGCUGUGUUACCCGGCCGUACACGGAACUGGACGCCUACGUUCGUCUCCACGCACAUAACGUCUCCUUCAUUGCGACGCCCGUUGCCGGCGGCGACAUCGACGAUCAGCUAACCAUCAGCCAACAACACAUGACGCAUCUAUCGGAAGAGUGGAGACCAUCCGUACGUGUUCACACUCGCCUCGUCACGAAGGAGGUGGGGAAGCUGCUAGAGUCGUAUACGGACUCACCGGAUCUCCUACGCAUAUGCCGCCAUGCUUUUAUAGCUCACCAAAGAGCAUAUCAGCUCGCCCGAAUUCUGCAUCGUGACAUCAGCAUAGGGAACAUCAUGAUCAAUGUGGAGACGGGUUAUGGAUUCUUAAAUGAUUGGGACUUAUGCAAGUAUCGGGAAGAUCUGGAAAACAGUGUGGCCGCCUCUGAACCUUCCGGAAUCUCGGGGACAUGGGCCUUUAAGUCGUCGUUCUCGCUUGAAUACCCUCGCAAACCGCCAGAGCUGGCAGAUGACAUGGAGUCCUUCAUCCACGUAAUCACCUUCUUUGCAUUCCGUUAUCAUCGUCAUAAGGCUUCGCCGGUUGCUGAGAAUACGGAUAGCGAAUCUUUUCAGAAGCAGGCUGCGUCAGAGAAUAACGGUCUCAUGGGCUUUAUCAACGGCUUUUUCUACGAGCAACGUCGCGUCAGUCGCGGGUACUAUCAAGGUGGCUCGAUCAAGAGGGGGUACAUCGAAACUGGCAAAUCACCCGUUGCCCUGCUUCCUCUCCCCAAUGGUCGCCGCCCGCUGAUUGCGGAAUUCCUCGACGGCGCAUACCUGCUGCUUCGCGAGCACUAUGAAGCCACAGAACCAGGUAGAUACGAUGAGUUUGCUGUGCAACAAAGUGACAAUGCUUCUCCCGAUGAGGUGGACGAAUCUCCGCCAAAUGGGCCACCUGAAGAUUCAACAUCAAAAUCAGACGCCAAGAGAUCCGUGCCUGUACCCAACGAAGAGGAGGAGGAAGCAAUCUGUCUCAGGCUGCUCGCAGACGGCGGAUGGAGACUGGGCGAUGGCAGGAGAAGGCGUGCUGGAGCCUCGACCUCUUCGGUCAAUCAACCGCGACGCGUAUUGGACGAUUACGAAGAGCUGGGCAAGCUGUUCGUGCUCAUGUUCAUGGACGAGAACGGCAAGAAGUUAGACCUAACGGGACUUCGCGAUGACAAACGCUUCGACCAGUUCCGUUCGUGGCACGAAUUUGGGUGGACGCAGCGGAAGGGCAAGAGUGGCGUGCACAGGACGCUACCUAGAGAUAAGAUCGGCUCGCAGCAGCUUGCGUCUCUGAAGCGACGCCGCGAGGACGAAGACGUGGCGGAUACGGAGCCAGCCGCGAAAAGAGCGACCCCGCCAUGUGACGAUCUGGCAGCCCAGACGGGGAAGGCGUCGCUUACGAAGUUGAACACUCAAAGAAAGAGAGCGGCUGCUCCGCGCGCGAAAGCCGAGUCCAAGACGCAGAAGGCUACCGCUUCCCGGAAGCGUGCGACCUUGCGCAAGACAGUGAAGUUUGUAGAGCCGGAAAUUCCUCUAACAGUAGCUUCUGUGAAGGCAGAGGUCACUCGGAAGAUGGCCAGUACGGCGAAGAUCGAGGUCGUUACAGGGACCCGGCGGUCCAAGCGUCUGGCUGAGAGGAGUUCUGGGGUUUGA